AAAAGAAUAAUACAACCAGAAUUGAACACACAAGUUGUUAUAAAUUGUGCACAUUUACAACUGGUCAACCAAUUUAUAAUUCUGACAGUUCAGAAAUGGGCAAUGCGUCAUUGCUCUUAACUUAAUACCUCAAUUUUUAUUUUUAGGAUUUCACUCACCCUCACUAUUACUAUAAUAACUAGGAAACUAUUUUAGUUCUACGUAAUUAUGGUAAUGACAAUAUCUUAUUGAAAGCAGAGUUCGUAGAGGAAAGGAUGUUUUGGACCGUAGCUCUCAUAUGUUUAGUGCACAAAUCUGAGGCUUCCCUGCCUUCUAUAGCAGAGAUUAUGGCGAGGUCGAGGUGGUGUUUGGGUGAAGGUGGAAAGUGUCCCAUCAAUUUUCCACAGAGGUUUCCAUCUUGCUGUAAACCAUUCAUUUGCACAGAGAUACAAAAAACUCGCACACCAACCAGAUUUUUGAAGUUCAGUGAGUACAAAGACUACAGAUGUUUACUUCCUGCAAACGUAACUACAACAGCACAGCCGAGUCAAAUUGAAGAUCUAAUACCUACUGUGCUGUGGAGUCAAGAGGACAAUGAAGGACCUGUACCGCUCAGUACGUACAUGAACAGUUCUGUCGAAGUAGGUUUGGAGAACAACAGCAGCAGCCAUGUUGAAUCUGAAGAAUCGCAACUCAGCAGCAACAGUCCUGUUGAAGUAUCCUCGCAAGAAAUUGACGAUGGCAAUGAUUACAAAUUUGACACAGCAAAUGACACACGGGUUGACUAUGAAACUACAUCACCCAAUGAAGAUCUAUCAGGAAAUGACUUAAACGGUACAGAGACAAAAUUUAUUGUUAAAAGAUCCAUCUUGAAUGAAUCAAAUUACUUUGAGGAAGACAGUGGCUUUGUAGCACCAUUUAACGUAUCAAAUGCUAUUAACCAAACUUUUUCAUUUGUCUCUUCUGAAGAGUCAUUGCCUACUAAUGAAACUUCAGAAGAGUUAGAACAACCUGAAGAAGCUCCAGAAAGCGUUCAGGUCCAUAAAACUUCAGCUAUACAAAAUGGACAAUUUAAUUCUUCAGAAUAUUAUAGUGAACAAAAGGGAUACGACGGUGUAGGGGUUUCAAAUUCCACUUUAGACAAGUCCCCUAACUUAUCUGGUACUAAGACUUCACCAAAUGACAUUCUUUAUUCUUCUGUAGAGGAUGUUUCACUAAUCUCUACCACACCAUCGACACUUUUGACGAAUAUAACCAGAACUGAUGAGUCUGAAGAGGACUGGCAUUCUUCUCAGAUGAAAUAUGACACUAGACCUCGGCUGCACAAAGUUAUCACGAUUCCUCCAUUUCAUCUUUCAAAUUUUUUCCAAAGUGUAGAAGUUGUACAGCUAAAUGCAUCCGUUGAAAAUAGUUUAGAUGGCUAAUUUUGUAACAAUUGAAGAAAACUGUGAGAGGACAUCCUUAUUUAAAAUUCAGAAGCAAAAAGUGGGUGAUUUAAUUAUACCAACACAGCAUGUUGAUUCUGACAUCUUCACAUGUAUUCAUAACACCACAGAGAAUAAAUAAAUGGCAUUAUUUAUA